AUGCAUUGCGGCGGAGAGAGGCCCUCGCUGUCGGAGGAUAACAAGCCGUGCUCAGUGGCUCCCAGCGGGACGGGGAGAGGAGAGGAGGGAGAGAGAGGACAAGCGGAGAAAGAGGAACGGGGAGAGGGUGAGGAGGGGGGGAGAGGAGGGAGAGAGAGAGCCAAGCGGAGAAAGAGGAAGGGGGGAGAGGGUGAGGAGGGGGGAGAGGAGGGAGAGAGAGGACAAGCGGAGAAAGAGGAAGGGGGAGAGGGUGAGGAGGGGGGAGAGAGGAGGGAGAGAGAGAGCCAAGCGGAGAAAGAGGAACGGGGAGAGGGUGAGGAGGGGGAGAGAAGGGGGGAGAGAGUAGGGGGAGAGAGGAGGGGAGGGAGAGAGGAGGGAAGAGGAGGGGGGGGUGGGAGGGGGAGAGGAGGGGAGAGAGGACAAGCGGAGAAAGAGGAAGGGGGAGAGGGUGAGGAGGGGGGGAGAGAGGAGGGAGAGAGAGAGCCAAGCGGAGAAAGAGGAACGGGGGAGAGGGUGAGGAGGGGGGGAGAGGGGGGGGAGAGAGUAGGAGGGAUAGAGGAGGGGGGGGGAGAGGAGGGAGAGAGAGGACAAGCGGAGAAAGAGGAAGGGGGAGAGGGUGAGGAGGGGGAGAGAGGAGGAGGGAGAGAGAGAGCCAAGCGGAGAAAGAGGAAGGGGGAGAGAGGGUGA